UUCAGAGCCACAUACCGUGAUGGAGACUCCUCUUGAGAAGGCCCUGACCACUAUGGUAACCACUUUCCACAAAUAUUCUGGGAGAGAGGGCAGCAAACUGACACUUAGUAGGAAGGAACUAAAGGAGCUGAUCAAGAAGGAGCUGUGUCUUGGUGAGAAGAUGAAGGAGAGCAGCAUUGAUGACCUGAUGAAGAGCCUGGACAAAAACAGUGACCAGGAAAUCGACUUCAAGGAGUAUUCAGUGUUCCUGACCACACUGUGGAUGGCCUAUAAUGACUUCUUCCUGGAGGACAACGAAUGACCGGGCUCAGCUCCUUGCCCCAGCCUCUGCGGCUCCUCUCACAGACCCUCUGUGGCCCCUUGCCCUCCUCUCCCUUCCAGAUGCAACCUGCUUCAGCCUUCCCUUCCA